GCGACCGGAGACAAAGUUGCGACCUCUCGGAGUGCAGUCACACGCCAGUUAAGGUCAAGCAGAUCCUUGAUUAACAGGAACGGAACGGAGCACAGGUCAGGACCAUGUGGCGUGGUCGUUGGUUGAUUAUUUCGGUUGGUUUAUUGCUGCUGCUGACGGUCAUAAAGCGCAGUGAGGCCAUCGUCGGAGGGUCACAGGCGGCGCCACCCCCGGUGGACGAUCCGGUAGUAUUUGUACGCCACGUUGGCAAAUCAGCCCGGGUGGAGGGCACGCGGAACCGUCAGACGGGGCUGUACGCCUUCCGAGGGAUUCGUUAUGCGGACGCCCCCGUCGGGGAGUAUCGCUUUCAGAGGCCACGUUUUAAAAGACUCGCCGGCGACGUUGAUGCGAUCAAUAACGGGCCACCGUGUCCGCAGCCGGAGCCAAACAACCCGUAUAAAGUAAUUGGAAACGAGGACUGUUUAUUGCUCAACAUCUUCACGCCCCAGAUGCCAGACGAGACAACGGGGCUGCCGGUGGUGGUUUGGAUCCACGGUGGAGGCUAUCGGUACGGGUCGGCCGCCCAGUACGGCGCGGAACCGUUAACCGAAAAUGGUGUCAUAUUCAUUCCGAUUCAGUACCGUUUAGGAUCAUUUGGCGUAAUUGGUGAUGGCAGUCGCGACUUUUCCGGAAAUCUUGCCCUGCUGGAUAUGGCUAGUGCGGUUCGCUGGGUCAAAGAUUACGUCUCGUGGUUCGGCGGAGAUCCCACCCAGAUAAAGGUCAUUGGACAUGGCUCCGGAGCUACAGCGGCCAUGAUCCUAUCAUCUGCCAGCAUGUCACGCAGUUCCAUCAGCGGAGUUGUGGCCAUGUCCGGUUCUUCGCUACAGCCGAACUCGUACGAUCAAGAACCGGUCACAUCACUCAACGAGAUCGUCUCAAAUCACGGCUGCUCGGCUGGAAACGAAACUGAGAUUGUAAAGUGCAUGCGGGGAAAAACCGUCGAAGAGCUUAUCAAAGUUGAUAGCGACCUGCAAGUGACUCGUUUGAGUGGUAAGAACGCUAUCAAAGCGUUGACUGGUAACGUAGGCAUGAAUCCGGCAGUUGAGCAGAAAGAUGACGGCCGUGGAUUGUUGGGAGUACUAACUUCGACGCCGGAGAUGACCAUGAAGGAAGGAGAUUUCCCCAAAAUUCCCCUACUGAUUGGUGUUACCAAGGAUGAAACCGCCAACGGCAUCGAUGUCAAAGAAAUUGAGUUUUCGUUCAACUCUGCGACAAAUUUCCUCCAAACCACCAGCAAAAAAGUUGGCCUAGACGGAUUCCUUAACCUUAACAAAUCCAUAAAUCUGGUGGACUCUCUUGGAGGUGUACUGGACUUGUCGAAAUAUUUGGAAAUACCAAAAUCGUGGAAUGUAACGCAGAUUUUCAACAAGCUUGUGGAAGCUACCACAGACGCAGUGUUCAACCUCCCGGCUAUCGUAACCGCACAAUCGUGGAGCAAGUCUUCGAAGUCGUUCUUCUACAGCUUCGAGCACCGGUCGGAAUCCACCAAAGGAAGUGACUUCCUCGCGGGCCUUCCGCUGGUUUCCAAAACGAGUUCUGCCAAACAGAAGGGCGCUGUCGCUCACGGAGACGAGCUUGGGAUUCUGUUUGACAGCCAUGACGUGCACGGGAAUCGUAUCGAAAGGGCGUCAGUAAAGUCCAAACGAGACAUCAACGCCAGGAAGGCGUUCGCCACGUUUAUUGCCAAGUUUGCCCACAUGAACGCGAGCAAUCCCAGGGACGACAGUUUGUUCAAGCAGUUUUCCAGCAAGGGGACGCCGUACAUCCGGAUUGGCGAGCAGGUUUCGUUGGAAAAUGACUUUAGAUUCUGCCAGCUGUCUAUUUGGGGAGCCCAACUGGAGGCGUUGAAAUCCAUAUCGUGCAAGUUUCUGGGCGAUGGGCUUGGCGGGCUUGGCAAGGUCGUGGGUGGACUCACUGGACUUCUUGGUGGCCAGUCUCUUCCAGCAGCGCCACCGAACAGAGUUCUGGGCUUGUUCUGAAAGCUUGUAUUUGGUAUUUGAGAAAUAAAGAUAAUGUAGCAAUAAAAAA